UCUAGCGAUUCUUCGGCGGAGUCGAGACCAGCUCGUGGGCCUCCAAUCGUGUCCAACAAGGCACUUACCAUUUUCGGAUGUGUUGGAGCAGGAAUCAGCAUCGUCACAUUUUUGCUCGGCCAGACUGGUGUUCUUCCUCGUUUUUUUCUGACGAUGGGAAUUGUCUUUCUGUUCGUUGUGAUCAUUGUGGUUUUCUUUUUAUUCCUAGUGAAAAAUUUGCCUGCUGCAAACAGGGCAAGUGUUCCUUCAUCUCCAGAGUCUGAAAAUAGCACUGAUGUACAUCCUGUAAUAUAUACUCCUCCAGAUGUGCCAAAAUCGCCUAGUAGUGAAGAGGAUUCCUCCAUUUCACUGCCGCUACCCGAAAAGGAUAAAACAGAGCCACCUUCCAGUCCCGAUUCUGGUCCAGUAGCCAUCGCCGUAGCAGCUCAAACUAGUGAAUCUGAUAGCGGAAUAGGAAAGACUUGCCUCAGCACAGACUGUUCAACAAUCCAGGAAAUAACUUCCUUAACUUCAGAGAAGGGGAAGGAUUCGGAUGACGAUAUUAAAGAUCCAAUGAAACCAAUAAAAGUCGGAACCGGAAGUGAAAAAUCUCCUAAUGAAGAUCCUGACAGCGACAAGUCUGCUAAAAGUCUGAAAGUGUUCUAUACUCCACAUAGCCAGGAAACUGUAACUACUAUUGUUGAUCAGAGCACUUCGAGCUCUGUUACUGAAGGAACUGCCGUCUAAAUCAUUAGUUAUUACUGUUUUCUAAAUUACUUCACGAAUUAUUACUAAAAGCUGACUGGAAGAAUAAGGUUCGAUAU